CGCACUCCGGAGGGAGAGCAGGGGCUGUAGCCUUCGGACCCCUCGGCGGCCCGCACCUGCCCCCCGCCCCAGAGCCCGCCCCGACUGGGCAGCUGGGGGCGCCCCCACCUCUCUCCCCCCGGGCCUGGGAGCCGGGGGCCAGCGCCAGAGCCCGGGGGGAGUGCGGGCGCGCCUGCCAGCCGGCCAAAGCUAAAAGCAGCUAGCACUGCCCUGGUCCAGGUGGAGGCCGCAGAGGGUCCGGGGCCAGCAAGGGCAGCAAUGGUUGGUCCUGACGGUGGCUGAGCCCCCAGCCCCUGGAAUAUGCAGCCCGGGAGAGCCCCAGGCAGCGGUGAGGACACGGUGGCGGAGCGGGGCGGGAGGCAUGGUCUCCACCUACCGGGUGGCCGUGCUUGGGGCGCGAGGCGUGGGCAAGAGUGCCAUCGUGCGCCAGUUCCUGUACAACGAGUUCAGCGAGGUCUGCGUGCCCACCACCACCCGCCGCCUCUACCUGCCUGCUGUUGUCAUGAACGGCCACGUGCACGACCUCCAGAUCCUCGACUUCCCACCCAUCAGCACCUUCCCUGUCAACACGCUGCAGGAGUGGGCAGACGCCUGCUGCAGGGGACUCCGAAGCGUCCACGCCUACAUCCUGGUCUACGACAUCUGCUGCUUUGACAGCUUUGAGUACGUCAAGACCAUCCGCCAGCAGAUCCUAGAGACAAGGGUGAUCGGCACCUCGGAGACACCCAUCAUCAUCGUGGGCAACAAGCGGGACCUGCAGCGUGGACGUGUGAUCCCGCGCUGGAACGUGUCACACCUGGUGCGCAAGACCUGGAAGUGCGGCUACGUAGAGUGCUCCGCCAAGUACAACUGGCACAUUCUGCUGCUCUUCAGCGAGCUGCUCAAGAGCGUCGGCUGCGCCCGCUGCAAACACGUGCACGCGGCCCUGCGCUUCCAGGGGGCGCUGCGCCGCAACCGCUGCGCCAUCAUGUGACGCGCGCUGCACCCACUGCGCCCGGGGCCGGGACUGCGGGGACUGCGGGCACUGCGGGGCUGGAGCCGGGAGGGGGCAGGCAUCUGUGGGAACUCUGAAGACCCAGGCCUGAAACACGCCCCCUGCAGCCACGCACCUCUAGCUGAGUGGGCAAGAGGGAGCCUCCCCAUAACCGCCUAGCCCUCCCCUGUCCCCCGCAUUUGUCUUCCUGGGACGGUGCCUUCAGUGCUGUUGCGGUGCAGUGCCCGGUCCAGUCCGGCCCCAAGGAACACCGCAGCCUUUUGCGAUUGGGAGAGAGGAGUAAAUUGGAGGGUGCCUACGGGUGGGAAGGUGCUGCCUCGGCUGAACCACCUCCUUCCCGUCUUCUCCAGCGUGGGUCAUCGCCUUGCGUCUUCCUUCCCCGUGUCAGUCUGUCCCCAAAGGUCUGUGGGUACCCUCCACCACCCCGUCCUACCCAGCUCCGUUCACAGGGCUCUCAUUCUAUCCACUCCCUUGUCACAGAUCCUGGCAGCUUCUGUGUGAGGCCAGCAUUUUGUCAGUUGGCACCACUGGCACAGGACAGAGAGAUGCAAUUGACCCAAAGAUCAGUCAGGGUCUGAGGGUUGAGGUCCUAAGUCAGUCAUGGGGAGAAGGCUCAGUGCUCCUCCUUUCAGGGAGACCUUCCCACCCUGCAGCCCCCAGAGACACAACAACCUACCUUCCAGCCUUAACUCGAUGGUCCGUCCCUGCCGGGUGCCCCUCAACCUCUUUUCCUGCUCCCAAAGCCAGAUUGACUCCCUAAGCUACUUUCUUUUCUUCAAUCAUUUUUAUUAUUUAUUUUUAAGCCAGAGCAUUGUUCUCCUCUGACUUAAGGUGGUGCCGAGGGAUUGAAUCUGGGACUUUGGAUCCUCGGGCAUGAAAGUCUUAACCAUUAUGCUAUCUCCCCCCUCCUUUUUUUGUUUUUGUUUUUGUUUCUUUUAUUGACAGUAUGGAGAGGGACUUUCCCAGAGGAAAGCUUCCCCCCCCCCUGCCCCCAUGAUGUCAGGUUCCAGGUCUCUGUUCCCUCCUGCAUUGUGUGGUCUGCCACAUUAAGGGAUGUUGGGAGUGUUGGGUUAGGGGACAGGGCUGGUGGUGGGUAAAGUGAUACCCAGGAGGUGAUCAGAUUGUGCUAAUGAUGACUCUGUCUCCCCACCGCCCCACCCAGUCUGACUUCCCCAGACUCUGCCUUGAACCUGAUCGAGGGGAAAGGUAGAGUCAGGAAAAGGCUUAUGGAGGCCCUUGUGGUUAGGGGAGAUAUGCCCACAUCUCCACCCCUAGAGGGAGGCUCUCAGGAUCUUGUCCCAACCCCUCUUGUCCCAACCCCAGUUGGCCCUAUGUCCUGACUCACUCCACCCCAUAUUUUUCCGGCUGCCUGGCCGGGUUUCUACCUCUCGUCACCGGAGCUGAUCACUGUCAGUUUUGUAUUGAUUUAGAAAUAACAAAAAUCACAAAGCUACUAGGAAUGGCCUGAGGGAUUCUGACCUCACCAGGGGACUUAGAAGGCAGGCGAAAUGGUACCGGUUCCCUGGCCCCCUGGCCACAUUCUUGAGACUGAGCUCCAGCCCUGGUCUGGUGGGACGAGAUCCAGGCCCCUUCUUUAGAAGAGGGGCGGAUGGAACCACCCAGCCUCUGUGUAGGCAGGAAGACCAGGAAAUCAGGUAGCCCAGAGUGGUGAUGGAAAGGAACCAGGGUGAGGGGUCUUGGAUGGGGAGUUUGUCAUCCAGAUCCAGUGUGAGAGGGAGUCUGCAGUUCUCUCUUUUGCUUCUCCAGCUGAUUCCCCCUCCACCCAUAGCGUAAUGCAGCUCCACACUGACUGCCCCGGCCAGGGGUGGUCCAGUAUUUCUGGGUUCUGGUCCCUGCUGUGCUGCAUGACUUUGGGCAAGUGACCAGCCCUCUCUGAGCCUCCCUCAGAAUAGAGGUGGUGGCUCCCCUUCCCCACACCUUACAGUGGCUGGAAGGGUUAGGAAGAGGGCCUGCCCCCUUGUAUUUCUUUUGUCCUUGACCCCUGGCUAACCAGGAGGACAGGAUGAGGGAGGGCAGCAUCUCACAUGCCCUGUCACUCACCCCUGGUUCUGAGGCACCUGAGGUGGGGGUGGGAGCCCCAGGCCUUCGGCCACCCCUGUGAGGAGGGAGGGCACUGGAAUGUAUUGCCUGGCCAACCCCCCCCACACACACCCUCCACUUCACCCCAGGUCAUUGAUUUGGAUUUCCUCCACCCCCAUUCAGAGUCACUGUCCUUUCCCUGCACCUCCCUCCUCCCCACCACCUCGGGUUUCCCACCACAGGGUCUGGAAGUGCGUGUGACGUCCAUUGCGCUGUAAUUGGAAGACAGAUUAAAAAUCAGGGAGUGUUUUCCCUCCUUUCUGUA